AAUAUUUUUUUAUAUUCAUAUUACAAUAAUUAAUAUACAAUAAAAUAUCAUAUAUUUUCUUGAUAAACAACCCAUUCAAAGCAUGAGCACAAUGACUAGUUCACAACCUAUAAUUCUGCCAAGAAAUGUGAAGGUACAGACAGUGUCUAUCUAACCCAUAGUCAAAUUUCUUUAUGACUGAAAGAGAAAAUGAGGUAAAAUUGUGAAAGGAAAAAAGUCAGACAGUAAAAAGACUAUAGACAUAGACCCUUCCAUACCAGUCCUUGAUCACGCACCCAUACAGCACAGAACUAACGAGGGCCUUUUAGUCAUUUGAGAAAGAAAGCCAGGCAACACAAACGAUUUUAGACGUUCAAGUUGUGAACAGAGUUUCGGUGGGAGGCGCUUCCUGUUGCUAUAAAUGCACCCCAACUAAGCCUAGAGUUGCAGCAUACAACACACUUCCAAAACACCCAAACUCCAUAACCUCCUUAAUUCUUCAAUUACUUCUCUUCUUUCCUUUUGCUCCCUCCAUUUUUUUCUUGCAGAUAACCUGCUUGCACCUCUUCUUACGUUGAUCCUCACGUUUUUACGAGGAUCAUCACACCGUUCAGGAAGAGGGACCAAUUUUUCCAGUGACCUUCUUCCUAUACAUUAACUGUCAAACUUUUCCCCUUUGGCUUCUUCAAGUUUUCUGGUUGCCAGUAACCAUGGAGGGAAAGCGAGGUAACUUCAACAACACACAACAUGAACUCCGAGACAGUGCUAAUAUUGGGUCUUCUUUAUCAAAUCUCAUACUAUCAAGCAGCAGCACAAACACCCUGGACUCGAUUUUCUCCGAUUGUCCCACAACAAAUAACACUGCUAGUGCUGCUACAACUAACUCUGUUAUGGAUUACUUUGAGCCCUUCGGCGUUUCAAGUUUUGAGCCACUGGGCUCCUCUGUCUACCUCCGCCAGAGAGACAUCCUGCAAAAAUUCUACCAGGAAAGCCGUUUGAACGGGUCUCCCGUCCCCACUUCCUUUGCAAAUCCAUCUCUCAACGCUGCUCCAUACACGAGUUCCUUCACUUCUUUACUGAACCCUGCCAAGAAAAAGCUAUACAGGGGAGUGAGACAGAGGCACUGGGGGAAAUGGGUUGCUGAGAUUAGACUCCCUCAGAACAGAAUGAGGGUCUGGCUCGGCACCUACGACACAGCUGAAGCUGCUGCAUACGCGUAUGAUCGCGCAGCUUACAAGCUCCGCGGAGAAUACGCGCGUUUGAAUUUCCCAAAUCUGAAGGAUCCUAGCAAGCUGGGGUUCGGAGAUUCCACCAGGUUGAACGCAUUGAAGAGCUCUGUUGAUGCCAAAAUUCAAGCCAUAUGCCAGAAGGUGAAAAGGGAGAAAGCCAAAAAGAAUGCUGCCAAGAAAUUGAACGACACAAAACGUGAGAAGCAGCGUGAAGAAGAAUCACAGAAGAAGGUGGAUUCAGCUUCUAGUUCCUCAUCAUCACUACCACCGUUGUCACCUUCGAAUUUUUAUGACAGCUGGGUGAAUGAGUUGUUUUCGCCGAGUGUUUCAGAGGAUGGGAUUUGGAAAGGGGAGAACUCACCGAGCUCUGUUUCAACAGCAAUGGUAACAGAGGAAACAGAGUUCGGAGGUUGUUCCUUGGAAAGGUUGCCUUCAUUUGAUCCUGAGUUGAUUUGGGAAGUUCUGGCUGUUUAGAAGAUUAUUAAGUCUUGGUUAUAGAUUAAUAGUAGUUAAUUUAUAGCAAGCGCUGUAGUGUAAAGGAAAACUAGUCUUGAUUAUGGUCUAGUGGGUAUGCAUGUAUGUAUGAUCAGAAUGGUGUGAGGUUCAUUAGCAUUUUAAGUAGGAUUGUUAUGGCUAUCAUUUCUGCCUUGCUUUUUUUUGUUCAAGGCUUCAGGAUUUUUCCUAUGACAGUUGUUGUGAUAGGUUAUAUCUCCAUUUUUAAUGUUGCCUAGUGAUAUUAUCAUCUUGUGUAAACUGUCCUAUUCUCUAUCCAUAAUAGCUAAUACAAUCGGAUUGUGAUUUUGAUCUAA